GCACGAGAUUGGCACUAUUGACUUGAUGCCGGAAUUGUGCCGGAAGAUAUAAAAUUUAAAGGUUUUGAAUAAAUAAGAAUUCAAUUCGAGACUGUAAUUUACCUUUUUAAUAAUAUUAUGUCUCAAAAUUCUGAAAAACCUAGUCAGGAUGUUGUGGAUCCAACUGGGCCUUCGCCUCGAAAGGGUGUGCUCAUAUCCUUUCGAACUGGCAAGACAAUGGAAAUACCAGAAAAAGAUAUUCUUGGGAGAUGUCGAUUUGUUGGAGAAUUUGAGAAGUUAAACCGAAUUGGUGAAGGAACGUAUGGCAUUGUGUACAGAGCAAAAGAUAAACUCAAUGGAAACAUUGUAGCCCUGAAGAAAGUGAGAAUGGAUGUGGAAAAAGAUGGCCUCCCUUUGAGCGGACUCCGUGAGAUUCAAGUCUUGAUGUCUUGCAGACAUGAGAACAUUGUUCAGUUGAAGGAGGUCUUGGUUGGUCGUUCCUUGGAAAGUAUCUUCCUUUCUAUGGAAUAUUGUGAGCAAGAUCUGGCAUCACUUCUUGACAAUAUGUCUUCACCAUUCACCGAGUCACAGGUUAAAUGCCUGAUGCUGCAGGUGCUGAAAGGUCUCAAGUACUUGCACUCUAACUUCAUUGUGCAUAGAGAUCUGAAGGUGUCCAACUUGCUCCUUACUGACAAAGGAUGUGUGAAAAUAGCUGAUUUUGGUCUAGCUCGUUGGUUGGGUGCACCUUCGCGCUGCGCUACACCUCGCGUCGUGACCCUAUGGUACCGGGCACCCGAGCUUCUACUCCAGUCGCCAAAACAGACCCCAGCACUGGAUAUGUGGGCUGCAGGAUGUAUUCUUGGUGAACUGCUAGCCAACAAACCUCUGUUACCCGGCAGGACUGAGAUUGAACAGUUGGAACUCAUUGUGGAUUUACUUGGUACACCAUCGGACGCUAUCUGGCCGGAAUUCAGCGCGCUACCAGCUCUCCAGAAUUUCACAUUGAAACAACAACCGUACAACAAUCUGAAGCAACGGUUCCCGUGGCUUUCGGCCGCUGGGCUGCGACUCCUCAACUUCUUGUUCAUGUAUGACCCUAACAAGAGAGCGACCGCUGAAGAGUGCCUGCAGAGUUCGUACUUCAAGGAGCAGCCGUUACCGUGCGACCCGAAGCUCAUGCCGAGUUUCCCGCAGCACCGGAAUAUGAAAGGACAGAAGCCUUCCUCCAACCAACUCAACAUCCCGCUAUCCAACCUCAACACAGGAGCCAACGACCAAACCAACAACCUCCCGCUCAUAUCCGACCUCCUCGGAUCACUCGUCAAGAAACGGAGGCUAGACUAAGGCUAAAAACUUAUUAUAAUUACCUAGAAUUUAAGACGCCAAUAAAGAC